UGAGAGGCCGAGACCAAGCCCUCGCCUCUGGAAGCCUUUGAGCUCCGAAUGGAGCGAGUAUAGACACCCACCGCGGGGCCUAGAGCGUCCUCAUCCGGGCCUCUCUUCCGUUCCAAGCCUUGGAGAAACAGAGUGGAAGGCUGAGAAGGAGAAGCGUCCCAAAGGAAUUCCCCGGAUGUAGGGCCUUCCAGCGAGGGGAUGGAAAGAGCGGAAGUGGAAGGAGGCGGGCCACCGAGAGGAGUGGGAGGAGCGUCGCGGGAAGAGAGGGAGGCCUCCUCGGCGCCCGGAGCAGGGAGCGAUGCCGAGGACGGCGGUGAAGGAGGAGGAGGAGGAGGAGGAGGAGGGGCCUCGGGGCGCCGCUCCCUCCCUCCCUUUGAGGGGGUGAAGUGGCCCAGGCGUCCCAGCAUGGCCUCCGGGGCACCCGGGCCGCCCUGACCGGCCGCGUCGCCCUCCUCGCCCCCGCCGCCUGCCUCUCCCCCGCCUCGGAUGUCGGCCGCUCUGGCGCAAGGGCUCCGUGCUGCUCCCCGGGCCCCACGGACGGAGGGGGACGCAUGGCUCCCCGGGGGUGGAGUGGCCGCCUUGCCUCCCAUGGCACCCCCGCCGUGCCUUUGGGCCGGCCCCGGAGAAGGCCCGCGCUGCGCAGGAGACCCCAGGGGCCGGCACCCCGCCGCCCCCCACAGCGGGACUCCUGCGGGCGCCCCCCUCCCCUGGGACCCCCUGGAAGUCGCCUGUGGGGCCCAGGGGCAGGACCUGGGCAUCGAGCUCCGGGACGAAUGGGGCUCCGGAACAACGGCGGAGGACGACCACGGCUGCCAAGGGCUGGGCGGCCAAGGCGAGGAAAAAGUGGACCAUUCCUACAGUCGCCUCGAAAGACACAACGGAAGCCAGGUGGGCGCAGUGACGGCAGAGCUCGGCCUCCCACCAACCAAAGAUGGACCCGGGGUGGGUAGUGUGCCUGUGCAAGAUGGCGUCCCUCCCCUCAGAAAUAUCCUCCUUCCGCCAACUGAUGUCGUCCUUCCGCCAACCAAAGAUGGAUCCGUGGGGGAUAGUGUGGCUUUUCAAAAUGGUAUCCUUCUCCUCGGAAAUAUCCUCAUUCCGCCAAGUGGAGAUGGAGCCAAUGAGAACCUGCAAAAUGAUGGCUCUUGCAAGCUCAACCUUCCACCAACCAAAGAUGGAUCCAGGGCAGAUAGCCUCACAUUACAAAAUGGCACCUCUCUCCUCCAAAAUAGCGCCGUUUUGCCAACCAGAGAUGGAUCCAUGGAAAGCAGCACAACUCUACGAAAUGGCAUCCCUUCCCUUCGCGAUCCCGUCCUUCCGACCACCAGAGACUGGGAUAUGAACAAUGGGAGAUCUCCCCUUCUGAUUGGUGGAGACUCAGCCAUGUUGGACAAAGGAAAUGAGACUCUUUUGGCAGAAAGCUGUAAUUUGAGCAUCAAUUUGCAUUCUCCCCUCCUCUACCCUGAAUGUUCAGAGAAGUGUCCAGAGACAACCAAGAUGGCCGACGAGGUCUUCCCUCUGCCCGUAGAGGCUGACCUCACUUCCGGUGUGUCUCUCGAUGGAGAACGCCUUGGGGACUGUAGGAUACCUUUGCCCCUUAAUGAAGAAAUCCCACCCGCAAGUCAGAAUGGCAAUGAGAUCCCGUACGUAGACGACCUCUGCCUGCGCCUUGAGACAUGGACCAUUACGGAAGACACCGAAAUAAUUGCGGAAAGGGAAGUUGACGAGUCCAGUGAAAUUACGCAUAUUUCGGUCCGUACACCUGAAGGAACUCUAACAUCGUCCGAUGGAGACGCCUCUCUGAAAGAAAGUCCCGAUCCUUCAGAGCCUUCUGUGGAGAAAGUGGAGAGGAUGACCACUGGAUUUCCUGCCGACGAGGAAGAAAUCACGCGACCUUUCAAGAUGAUGGGAAAUACUGCAGACGUUGGCGAAACUCUGCCUGACAAUCCCUCCAAAAGGACAGCAAGUUCGGCUUUAAGAAAUGGAUGCUCGCUUCAAGAUAUCUCGAUGCGUCCUCCUCUGAAAUGCCUCAAUGGCGUGUCUUCUAGUCGAACAAAACGGAGGAAAAUACUAGAAACUGAGAUCCCUUUCGGUGGAUUUUCCAGACGAACGGAGAGCGUUGUGGACCAUAAUAGAGCCCUCCACCAUCAUUGGGGGUCGCCAGAAUGGCCGAAAACAUCUGUGGAAAGCUCCAGUCAACGACCGUUGAGCGAACCGAUUCCCUCUCAAAUUGUUCGGUCGAUUCACAGCGUCCAACGAUAUGUCAACGAUUGCCCUCUUCGAACAAUAAAACUCCCAUUUUGCUUAUCAAAAAUGGCCGCUGAAGUGCCACAAACGUCUGCAUCCAAUAUGGAUUCCCCUAGAAGGAUGUCCGGAGAGUGUAUUGCCUCCUUGGUGGACAUUUUCAGGCCUAGCAAAUGUGCUAAAGAGACGAGGCUUUUGAGGAAGCUGUCCGCACUCGCCGAUACGAUUUCACCUCCUUGGAGGUUGAAACCGGCCUCGAAUAUCCCUAAAUUUGGAUGCAAAAUGAUACCGGAUCUGUUAUCCUCUGUAGCGAAUGUCCAGAAGACCAAUUUGCAGUCAUCCUUCUCGUUAUUUCCCCUCGAAUCCGCCAACAUUUGUAUCUUGGACUCGAGAUCGAAAUUACCGUUCACCAUGCCGUCAUUCCAGUUCAAAAUGGCACCCGCUCCUGUACAGAAAUCAACGCUGUCUUGGAAAGAAAUGCCCUUUGAGUGGACGUUCUCCUUCCUCUUGUCCCAAAGUAUUACGGGUGUGAUACCGAACUUGUCCCCCGUGAAAAAAGAUGGUGGGUGCCCAGUCGGACUCCGGACCGUUCUGGCGCUGUUCUCGCCCGGUUAUUCCCGCCUCUGGGCCCGGAAAUGGCGCCUCCCGGUCCGGAGGCUGACCUUCUUCCAGUUCACGGGGGCUUCAAAGGACCCGAACUCGCUGCGCUUCAAUCUCUUUGCAUCCUUGCUCUCCACAACCUUCGACAGUGGGCUCCCCACGUGGAGACCCCUCGACCCUCCUUCCUCCAAAGUCCUGCCUCUCCGCUCGCCGCAGGAAGAGACUUCGGCGUCUUCGCCAUUUCCGUCGCCGUGGAUGUGCCUCGACCUCCAGAACAGCUCUGCCAUGUUGCCCCCGGCGACUGGAAAGUCGAUGGAACUUCCUCCAAAGAAUACCAGGUGGGAGACUUCCUUUUCCGCCUUGACGCCGACCUUCCUGUCGACCCCAGAGCCACCUUGGUCUCACCUUCCGGUCCCAGCAUUUCCUGUCCGGAAUCCAUUGGAAGAACUGGAGGUCCCUGUCCCCGCCCCCCCUCAGAGCGCCGAACCGGAGAAGAAGAAGCCAAAGAAGGUCUCCCAGAUCCGGAUCCGGAAGGCGAUCCCGAGGCCGGACCCCAACCUGACCCCGAUGGGCCUCCCGAGACCCAAAAGGUUGAAGAAGACCGAGUUCAGCUUGGAGGAGAUCUACACCAACAAGAACUACAAGGCCCCCCCGGCCACAAGGUCCCUGGAGACCAUCUUUGAGGAGCCCAAGGAGCGCCGCGGCGGGGGGGCCUGGCAGUGGGUCAGCCACCAGAAGCGCAGGCGCGUCCUCGACUUCCCGGACUUCACGCUCCCCCGGAAGCGCCGCCCGCGCGGGAGGCUCCGCCCGCCCCUCCAGGGCUUCACCCGGGCCCAGAAGGCCGCGCCGGGCGGGCGGGAGCUGGACGCCCUCCUCCGCCAGAGGCUCGCCGACCUCGAGGACUUCUGCGCCCGCCACGACCACCCCGGGAGCUGAGCCCCGUCCGUGCCCCUUGAGACCUGGACCACGGGCACCAUCCCAUCGGCCUUUCAAGGGGGGCUCCCAUCCGAACCAGAGCUGGCCACGGGCCUUUCAGGAUGGCCGCGUCUUCAUACUCCUCCGAGAGCGAUGGCCGUGGAUGUCUUUUCAAGAUGGCCGCUGCCCGCUGCAAAGUUCAUCCGUUCCGCUUCUUGUUUGCAGAGGUUUUCUCGUUUCCUUCUGAACGAGUCGGAUCAGGAAAAAAAUCCCACUGAUUUAAGCGUAGGAUGUGAAGAAGAUCCAAAUGUAUUUUGCUCCAAACACGUCUCGCUAUUUAGUGUAGGAAUGUUAUAUUUCACGAACUCUUACUUUUCUUCUCGUGUUUUGGGGACUCGUUUCCUUCCCAAACGAGCCUGGGAUGAGCGCUUUUUUCCGACUCAAUCGAUACCUCCAUUAACGAACUCUUACAGAACCCAACAAAUUAAAGAGCAGUAAUUAAAUCGUAAUUAAUGAAACCUUGGGCCUUAAAAACUGGAUUACACACAAUUGUGCCUGAAAAAAAGAAGAAAAUUAUAUAUAUUCCAGUCAUUGAAUUCCCCCCCCACACACACAGACACACACAUAGUCCCAUUUUAUGAGAUUCGUCUCAUUUUACGAUCCUUUCAAUCAUCUUGUUUUUGAUUAUUUUCAGAUCCUUUUUUGUCCCAUAAUGGGAUUAUUAUGAUGAUUUUCCCGGAAUGUUCCGUUUCUCGUUUUUUGUGAUACGACCUGGGCCGUUGAUGAAUUGAUCCAUCUAUAUAUAUAUUAUAUAUAUAUAUAUAGCCUUUCCACACGCAACUUUUUUUUCCAAUUCCUGGAACAUUACGGAACUUUCUAGAAUGUUCUGUUGCCCAUUUUUUGCCGCUUUCCUUGAAUGUGAAUACUUUUUCUUUCUUUUUUUUCUUACCAUAUUUUGUUUGCGUUUUUCUUUCUUUUCAGAAUACAGUUACAGUUUUCUUUAUUUCGAGGUUCCGAAUGAGGGUUUUUUUUUGUUGAUGUUAAAUUUCCAGGCAAAGAUGUCUAUAUUGAGUUAUAAAUUUGCACAACCAAUUUCCCUCCCUCCCGUCGUGGAUUUAUAAUUAAUUCCUAGUAAACAAAUAAAUAAAUAUCAGAAUAUGAAAAGACGUCCUCGUUUUCCUCUCCCUUCCUCCCUUUUCCCCCCUUGUAAUUUAAAUUAUGGAAAAUAUAUUUAAAAUAAUAAAAAUAAUAAUUAACAUUUCAAAUAA